AAUUUCCACACUGGAUUCUUGCCACUUAUUAUGAUAAAAUUCUGCGAUCUCUCUUCCUCUAUCCAAUGUUCCAGUUAGUUCAAGCCUAAAAAGCAGAAAAAACCAAACCUUCUUUGAGUAGUUCCUCUCUCUCUUUCUUGCAGAUGCAGAUUCUCUAACCACUAGCUUAUCAUUCUCUUAUCAUCAACAUCCAAAGAUGAAAAGAAUUGAUAUCUUCUGUGCUUCUCAAGCUUCAACAACCAUAUGCAUGAGCAUGGAUCAACCCUCUUCAUCCUCCACAUCAUCCUCUUCCUUGCCACCCACCAUUCAACUUGGCGGCCGAGCCAUCGACCGCCACAAUCCUAUAAUCAGAGACCAGAGAAGAACCCCUAGAUCUCUCUCAUUAGCUCCCUGUACUUCUCAGUCACCACCCAUCAAUCCCCAACCUUACCAUCUCCUUCGCAAGACCAAAAAAGAUCUUGCAAAAGUACCAGCAGCAGCUACCAACAAGACUAAUAAUGAUCAAACUAAGACAAAAAGCUCUAGAAAGCCAAACGAGCGAAAAGACAAGAAAAGCUCUUCUAAGGCAGCUGGUGAUGAUAUUGCUGAGAAGUAUUCAUCUUCUCCUUCUUCUUCUACUAGUGUGGUUAAAGAAGAUGUUUUUAGGAAGAGCUGGGCUAAGCGUAGUGAUUUUAUCACACCUCCUGGAUCUUCUAGAUAUCUUUUGAGCGAGAAGGAUUUUCUUGAUGGGUUAUAUGAUUAUGAUCCAGUAUUGGCAUUGGUUCCUGCUGAACCCAAUAAUUCGAAGCAACAAGAAUCUACUUCUUCGAAAGCUUCUUCAACUUCCAACUCAGAGGGGCCAUCAAACCAGGUUGUGGUUUUGAGAGUGUCACUGCACUGCAAAGGCUGUGAAGGAAAAGUAAGGAAGCAUCUAUCUAGAAUGGAAGGCGUGAGAUCGUACAGCAUAGAUUUUGCAGCAAAGAAGGUGACAAUUGUAGGAGACGUAACGCCAUUAGGUGUGCUGGCUAGUGUAUCAAAGGUGAAGAGUGCACAAUUUUGGACACCAGCUGCAAACCCAGCUCCACCACUCUCUAAUAACUCACAACCCCAGAAGUAAUUUUUUUAUAAUAAUAAUUAUUAUUAUGCGAGAACAGUUAAUUAGUUUCAAUUUGGUGCUUAAUUUAGUGUAAAUUCAGUCUUUUCUUUUAUAUAUGUGAUUAGCAUGAGUAGCUGGAAAAGAAUCUUUGCUUAUUAGAAAGUUGGUAAUGAAAUAAAAGAAAAGCAAUAGAGAGGGGCAAUUUGGAC